GGGGGGGCGGGCGCGGACGGACGGACGCGGGACGGGACGCGGCCGCCUCUGGACGGACGCACGCCCCCCGCCGCGUCCCCGCGGCCCCGCCGCCGGGCGCGGCACGCAGACGCACGCACCCCGGCGCGGCGGCGGGCAGGAGCCGGGCGGCGGGGCUGCUAUAAAUCUGCGGGGCGGUCCGCCUCCCUGCGAGGCACGGCGCGGCACCGCACGGCGUCGUCCCCCCCUCCCCCCACCCCCCCCCUCCGCGCACUCCGCGAUGCUGCAGUUGGCUCGGGUGGCGAGCCGCUAGGAAGUGACCAGCAGGGAGGAAGGGAGAAAGAGAGAGAGAGAGAGGGAGGGCGAGCGUCUUUAAAAUCGCCCUUCCAUCCUUCUUUUCUUUGUUCCUUCAUUUCUCCCUCCCCUCGUUUUGUUCCAUUGGGUUGCGAAAGGAGGGUCGUCCUGUCACUCUCCCCCUUUUGAGUUCUCCCGUUUUCAUUUUUAAUUUUCUAUUUUUUUUUAAUUUUUGAUUUUUCCGCCCUAGUGUCGGACUGUUGGGGGUGGGGGAGGGAAAGGAAACGAUUUUUUUGGUUUUGUUUUGGUUUUUAUUUGCUUCCUUUUAUAACUGUCAGCAAUUUAGCUCUUGUCUGUUGUCUUGAGAGAGCAUCUGCCUCUUACUCCUGAUCGGGAGGAGAACUGCACCGUUACUUUUUUUUUUUUUUUUUUUUUUUUAAGCCGAGGACUGGAAGACGGCAACUCCAAACUAACAUGGCAGUCAGACUGUGUGAUGUGGCUUCUCUGCUUAGAAGUGGUUCGUGGGCAGCAGAGCCUUGGACUGGGCAGGUAAUUGCUGCCAUGGAAACACAACUGUCUAAUGGACCAACUUGUAAUAACACAGCCCAUGGUUCAGCCACCAUAAACAAUUGCUCAUCACCAGUUGAUUCUGGGAACACAGAAGACAGCAAGACCAAUUUAAUAGUCAACUACCUUCCACAAAACAUGACACAAGAAGAACUGAAGAGUCUUUUUGGCAGCAUUGGGGAGAUAGAAUCCUGCAAGCUUGUCAGGGACAAAAUAACAGGACAGAGCUUGGGUUAUGGUUUUGUGAACUAUGUUGACCCCAAGGAUGCUGAAAAAGCUAUCAAUACCCUGAAUGGAUUGAGACUUCAAACUAAGACUAUAAAGGUUUCUUAUGCACGACCAAGUUCAGCCUCUAUCAGAGAUGCAAAUUUGUAUGUUAGUGGACUUCCAAAAACAAUGACCCAGAAAGAACUGGAACAGCUCUUUUCCCAAUAUGGACGUAUUAUUACUUCUCGUAUUCUGGUUGACCAAGUCACUGGGGUGUCACGGGGCGUGGGGUUUAUCCGGUUUGACAAGCGAAUUGAAGCAGAAGAAGCUAUCAAGGGCUUGAAUGGCCAGAAACCUCCAGGUGCCACAGAGCCCAUCACUGUAAAGUUUGCUAACAACCCAAGCCAAAAAACCAAUCAGGCCAUUCUUUCCCAGCUGUACCAUUCUCCAAACAGAAGGUAUCCUGCCCCUCUAGCUCAGCAGGCUCAGCGUUUUAGGUUGGACAAUCUGCUCAACAUAGCUUAUGGAGUAAAGAGUAGGUUCCCUCCAAUGACCAUUGAUGGAAUGACCAGUUUGGCCGGAAUUAAUAUCCCUGGACAUGCAGGAACUGGGUGGUGCAUUUUUGUGUACAACUUGGCCCCUGAUGCUGAUGAGAGUAUCCUGUGGCAAAUGUUUGGACCCUUCGGAGCAGUGACCAAUGUGAAGGUCAUCCGUGACUUUAACACCAACAAGUGCAAAGGUUUUGGAUUUGUGACUAUGACAAACUACGAUGAGGCAGCUAUGGCAAUAGCCAGCCUGAACGGAUACCGCCUUGGUGACAGAGUGUUGCAGGUCUCCUUCAAAACAAACAAAACGCACAAAGCCUAACAAGUUAUUCUCAGUGCAUUAAUACAUGAAAACUAUACAACAAAGGCAAUUUACAAGAAGCUUUAUGCAUUAGUAAAUGCCUUUGUUGUAUGCCAGUGUGGAAAUGGGGAUAAAAUGACUACUUAGCAUCCUAAGAAUAUGUGAGAUUUUUUUAUUGCUAAUAUUUGAAUUAGAACUUCUUAACUAUCUUUUGUGUUUGAGUAUUGACAAGAGGUACAGGGUUUUUACCUGUCACAAUGCAUAUUCUAUUGCCUUCUUUGAAGAAGGUGGACCUUUUAAAAUGUUUCAGCUAAGAGAAGAAGUUUUUUUUCUUUAUACAUGACUGCCUUUAAAUCUGUGAGUAAAUAUCAAGGCUUUGUGUAAUACUAUAAUUUUUUUUGUAAUUUCUUGAUUUGCUUUGUGUUUAAUUUACAUUGUAAUGCAUUAUUGUUUUGUUGUUCAAGAAAAGUAUCUGAAGUUUACAUUUUAUUUAUAAAGUUAUAAGCAGUAUUUAUUUCAUCAUCUUCAUUUGGGUUGGGGAGUGGGAACACAUUAUAAAAGCUUAUUGUAAGAAUACUGGAGAACUUUUCGUAAAGCAGUACCUUGCCAAAGAGAUAAGAGCCUCUUUGAUGUGGGUUUAAAAAAGCAUCUAUUUUUAUAAAAAAAAUAAAAAAUUUGGAGAAACUUUUUACUGGUCCUGGAACAAAUAUUUUGACUUGAAUACUUUGAGAAAUCUCUUCGUAUGACACCUAGUGAGCUUUUAAAACUUACCAGGAAAUUUGCAAUUGUUGGGAAAAAAUUUAGAAAGAUUUAUGAUGUAGUACUUUUGAGACCUUUGUAUUAAGAAGUAAAGUCAAUGGGAUGCACUGUUGGUUUCAUUUUUUGUAAUCAUCAGUGGAGUCAUUGAUCAUCCUGGUUAUUAAGUGAUAGGUAGCUCACUUUAAUUUGAUCUUGAAGCAAAUGAAAAUUUUAAAAAAGAAUAUAAGAGCAAGCAGAAAACUUAAAACACUGAGAUAUGGGGGAAAAAAAAAAUCUGUUCUUCCUAAAGAAUUCCCUUCAGAUACAGCUCAUGGUGUUUAGUGAUGUACUUGCUAUUGUUUGAAGAAUUGUUUUGUCUUAAGAAAAGACAUCAAGCAUGAUUUGUGCAGUAGCAAAUCAGCAGAAGUGGCCUGAGUUGGAUACAUUAGGAAGUAUUUUGAAAGUUAUGUUCAAGGCUAACACCUGAGCUUUGUGUAAUGUAAAUAAGAACUUAAGUUAUGAACCUUUCAGCUAAUUUUGAUUAUAGUUUUUUUAAAAGUUACAUGCCAAGUGAUGUUCAAUUUUGAAUGUUUUUGUAUAAGUUCUUUCUUUGUAAAUGGCAUUAACAUUGUUACUUGAGGUCUGCUUCUUCUUUUCUUUAUUUUUUUUUUUUGUCCUGAGGACUUGAAUUUACAGUGCAUCAGAUUUGUUGCUAUUUUUGUCUGUAGAUAGUCUAGCUUCAGCUGUUUAUGGUGAUGCAACAUUUUUGUUUAUAAAUAUGUUUGUGGUAAAAAGAAACAAGUAUAAACAUAUGUUUUGAGCAAAUUUCCUUACAUUUUUCAUAUGAAAACCAUAAAUACCUGUAUGCUAUUGAAGUUUAACUUUGUAUGAUGCUUAAAUCACUAUUUGGGGAAAUAGAAAAAGUCUUUACCAUGUAUUGAAGAAAUUUAAGGAAAACAAAUACAGAAUAUUUUCUGAUUAGCAUCUAGCUUAUAAUUAAAUUUUUAAAAAAAAGCUGAGGGUUUGAUGCCUUCACCAGGAUGCACUGACAACUAUGUAGUUACGUCCUGCUUUUUGUAUAAACUGAGAUGCUCAUAUGCUUCCCCUUAGAAAAAGCAAUGUUCUAUGCAUAACAUAGUUGUACACUAUCUUUGCAGUUGUUUUGGGUUCUUAUUCUUUUAAAUUGUAGUUAUAAAAUUUUCAGUAUAGUACAGUACAUAUACUGUGAAGCGCGUGCUAAAGUGAAUAAGCAAGUUUUCAUGCUGACCCACUCAAUGCUAUUCAAAAAUCAAUUGGCUUCCUGAGUACUUCUUCAUUCUUAGAUGCAUUUAGGUUGUUAAAGCUAAUCCUCUGCAUUGAAAGUUGUAUAUAGUAUAGAAAUCACAAACUUUCUGAUGUGGGAGAAAUAGUAGCUACAUGCUUCUUUCCUAUACUACUGUAGCAACUAAUGGCAUUGAUGAGAAGGCAUGUAAAUUGGGCUUCACUUUACAGUGUUUAUCAGAGCACUUAGUAAAAUAUAAGGCUGGUAUUUAUUUGAAGUUGUAUAGUAUGACUUAAUUCACAUUUGUUGGAAUUGAGAAUAUAUUCUGUUGGGUAUUUAAGAGGUUGUACAUGUUUUCUUUUGUGUUUGGAUUCUUUGUACUUUUUCAUGUUCAGUACAUCAAUAAACAAAGUUGAAGGGAAAA